CUGACUGACGACUUUAACGGUACUUUGAAAACAGCUAACUUUUUAUUUGUAUUUUUCUCGUGAAAUUUGUUUUGUCUUUGCGCCAAAAGUGUUAUUCAUACACAAUUGCGUUGCGCUUAAACUGUAUUUAAAAUGAACGUGAACAAAUUGUCACAUGAAUUGGAAUCGAUAAACCUGCAAUUGUCGACAAUUGCCAACAUGGUGACUCGCUGGACGGACCAAGUUGGAAAACUAAAGGAAGAUGUUCAUUUCAGCAAUGAAGACGACGAUAACUCGAGCUUUGAGGAUGAGGAGGAGACUCAGCAGGAAAAAUUUGGUAAAAUUAUGCGCUCCCUGCCGCAUUAUGAGCCAAAGCAGCCGUUGCUGCAAGCCUUGGAGGUGAAUUUCACAAACGAAAGUCUAAGUACAAAGGAUGACACCUUUGGCACAUAUCUGCAAACGGAAUGUCUGAACUAUGAUAAUGUUUGCUCGGUGCUUAGCACACUGCUGAGUAUCGAGGAUGUGUCCACUAUGCAACUGUAUGCUCAGUUAAUGCAGCCGAAUGUCACACUCAAGAAAGUUAGCAAAUUCAGUUAUAGCUUUACGCUGCUGGGCGAAAGACAAUUCAAUCCGGAAGAUGUGGUGAUGCCACAAUUGGAUGAAGUUGUGCUCGUACCCACGGCCAGUUUAUUGGCCUCUCCACUGCCGGAGCAUCGUAUUCUGGCGCUGCUGCCGCACAAACAUGAGAAUCUGCGUAAAAAGGAUCCCAUGCGACGUUUUGUUGCCUUCAUUGUGCAGGUGACUCGCCAGAGCAUCCAACUCCAAUUCAGGCGUAACAAUUUCCCUGGCGACACAGCUCUAGCACAGCGAUUCUAUGUCAUCUUGCGAUCUCGUCGUACACCAUUUCGAUAUAUGUAUCGGGCAAUGCAACUGCUGCAGGAAAGUCCACAGCUGCGUCGCUAUUUGUUUCCUACCAAGAGCUCGCUGACAGUGUCCUCCGGUGCCACAAACUUGCCCAAUUUGGCGCUGUUAAAUGCUAGCAUUGCGUCCAACAUGGAACAGCUGCAGGCAGUCAAGAAUAUCGUCAAUGGGCCCAACAUUCAGGCUCCCUACAUAGUCUUUGGACCACCAGGCACUGGCAAGACCACGACCAUUGUCGAGGCCAUUCUACAGCUGCGGCUUCGUCAGCCACGAAGUCGCAUUCUUGUAACCGCCGGUUCGAACUCGGCCUGCGACACAAUUGCCUUGAAAAUAUGCGAGUAUUUUGCUGGCAAUAAACGUCUGCAGACCAUCUUGGCAGAUCGGGCCCAGGAGUCGCGCCUGGUCACUCUGGAUGUGGAGCAGGAUCAUCAGAUAAUACGCCUCUUUUCACGCUCCAUAUUCGCCAAGGGAUUGAGUGCGGUGCAUCCCCUACUGCUUCAGCAUUCCAAUUGUGCCAAGCGUGUGUUUGAUUUUAUGUCUGUCAACACAUUACGUCAAUAUGGAAUUAUUGUCGCUACUCUGUGCACUGUUGGCCGUCUGGUCACAACUAAUUUGGGCAAAUUUAAUUUCUUCACACACGUUUUCAUCGAUGAGGCUGGCGCUUCCAUGGAGCCAGAGACUCUUAUUGGUAUCAUGGGCAUAAAGCAACAGGAUACAUGCCAUGUAAUACUCUCGGGUGAUCAUAAGCAACUAAGCGCCGUCAUUACCAGCAAUCGAGCUGCCCAUUUGGGAUUAAGACAUUCGCUUAUGGAGCGAUUGCUACGCAGCGAUUUUUAUGCCCUCGAUGACAACGGCAAAUAUGAUCAUACGUUGCAGACAAGACUCCGUCGCAACUACAGAUCGCAUCCGGAAAUCGUGGGCUUGUUUAAUAAGCUCUACUAUAAUGGUGAACUGAUUCCGCAGGCUCCACCAGGCCAGGUCAAUCUGGCUGCCAACUGGAAAUUGCUGCCCAAUCCAAAGUUUCCCAUUGUAUUCCAGGCCACACACGGUGAGACAAAGCGAGAAUUUCAUUCCACCAGCUCGUACAACGCGUUGGAGGUCCAGGUGGUCAUAUGGUAUGUGAAGCAAUUACUCAACAAUGGGCUCGGAGGCGGCGUUCGUGUGACUCAGGAGGAUAUUGGGAUCGUGGCACCCUAUUUGGGACAGUGUAGGCUGGUCACUGAGAUGUUGCGCCUUCAGGGUUACGUCAAUGUGGAAGUGGGCAGCGUGGAGAAAUAUCAGGGACGCGAAAAGGCGAUUAUAAUUGCUACGCUAGUGCGGUCCUUUGCCAGCAUGGGCUUUAUGCGAGAUCCACGACGGAUAAAUGUGCUUCUAUCGCGUGCCAAGUCGCUGAUGAUACUCAUUGGUAACCCGGUGACACUGCGCCAUCAUCGUGACUUCAAGUUUAUAAUCAACCAGUGCAAACUUGAGGGCAACUAUCUGUUUAAGAAAAAGGAUGGAGCACGACGACCACAGUUCCUGAUAGAUUUCGAUGAUAUUGAGGAUGAAGACGAGUCCGAAGAAGAAUUCAUCCCUUGGUAUGCCGAUAUGCCGGAAGACAUUUGCAUACCAUUGCCCAGCAUUCAUUAUCAGCUUAAUACAGCAACAUAUGACAGCAGCACCUCUGGUGACAGUGAAUCGUUUACAGAUACCAGUAGUUCUUUAAGCUCAUCCAAAUUAAAUACACAACUGCCCAUAGAAAUGGACAAUCUAUGGCUAUGCAGUCCCAAAAAGAUUACCAUGCCCCUCUCUUGUGGUUCGGCAUCCCUAAUUACAAAUCAAAAGCUGCUGCAGCUGCAAAUUUUUGCCAAAAGAGUUAUAAGAAGAUUUAAGCUCAAAUUCAUUUCAAGCUUACUAAAAGAAGUCUCAAGAGCUCAAUUUGUACACGUUCGAUAUUUUUUCAAUGAAUGUUUCAAUAUCUGUUAUAUCAAUUUUCUUUUAUAAUUAUUUUUGUAACAUUUCUAUUAUGUAUUAAUUUAUGUCAAGAUUAAAGUUGCUAGUUCAGCUUAAUUCAAAUAUUUCCAAUGGAAAUUUGCCUUUUUUGCAACAAUAUGUAUCAAUCAUAAAUAUUAGCGGUUGUUAGACAAUCGUAUAAUUGAUCCUUAGAUAUAAGAAAAACAUGUAAGUACAUUUCAUAAGUCUGUCAAAUGUCUUCAAACUGCUGUAAAAAAAGAGAGAAAUUGAAAUUUUUUAAAUUUGAAUACGUCA